CAUCUCUUUUUCUUCAUAAAUUCGCGGUGGCGACAAUGCAGACUGAUGCAACACGUUUCGAGUUACAGUUGCUGCUGUUUCCAUCAGAUAUCCUGCAAGAUAGCUCGAUACCGCUCUAACCCCACUUUUCCCCGGCUCAUAGUGCGUUGAAUAUGUCGCCCUGUGAUCGCUUGCCGUUCUAGAGUUUUCUUGAUUGAGCACUCAAUUCGUUGAACCGUUCCACCUCAUUCUCUCUCUGUUCGAUAAACACGAGUCCAUUGCUGGCGUGGAUCGUUUCCAAAGUAUUCGAAAACCGUCAGCGAAGACAUCUAUAGACAGUUCUAUUAACAGGACCUUGUUUUACUCCGGUAGCCGUCAUGGUAAAUGUUACUGUCGAUGAUAGUGCUUCCUCUGUGAUCUACUAUCCAUCCGGAGCAUGGAAUGCGAGAAGUGCCUCGGUGCCUUGCUCAUCGUGUACUGCAAAUCUUGACGUGAAUCGGACGUUCUUCAACACUUUUCAUGAUGGGACCUUCAAUCCUCUUCCGGGAAGUAACUCCUAUCCGAACGUCCCCCUCACGGCCAGCAUAGCAUUCAAUGGCAUUGCCGUAUAUGUUUUUUGCGCGCUCGCAGAGAGCUCUACUUCUCCAGACGGAAAUUCUGACAUGGAUUUCUACAUUGAUGGGUUUCGCAAUGGUGGCUUUGUGAAGACCGCGCCAGGGAAUAACAACACGUAUAAUUAUUCUGUUGCUGUAUUUGCAAGCGAUCCUCUCACUCCUGGAAUUCACAACUUAACCAUCCAAAACGGUCAUGUCAACGGUACCAAGUCAUUGAUACUCCUAGACAAGAUUGUUUACACAACUGUCGAUGAUACCCCUUCUUCAUCCACUCUGCAGUCUUCCUCUCUGAGCCCUUCCCAGCCUUCACUGGCUCCUAAUAACUCAUCAGGGGUGACCAAGGGUCUUGGGGGCAUGAUAGGUCCUGCUAUUGCAGUUCCUGUUGUGGUUGUCAUUUUACUCGCUGCCCUUGGGAUAUUUUUCUUCCUCAAGCGAAGAAAACAACAACAGCCUAGAACUAUCUCUACCUUUCCUGGACCUACGACUGGUGCUUGGACUAUAGAACCUGUCUCUGUCCCUCCUUCUCCGCCAAUAUUAUCUGGCAGGGUACCACUAUCCUAUCUCCAAGUAUAACUCCUAUUCAUCAGCUGAACUACAGCUCUUUAGCUAAACCUAGGCUUGACAUUUUUUUGAAGAAUUUCUAAACACGAUCAUCAUCAUGAUAGUUAUAAGGCAAAGUGACCCG